AGUGCUGUUCUCCAGGCUGAGGACAACCAGAAAGGCAGUCUUAUUCUGUACCUAACUUGUUUCCCCAGUCUUAGUCUGAAAGCAUCCAUCCAGCACUCUAUAGAGGCAAUAAAGACUCAGGCAUUUCCCUCCCACGGGGCACUAAUUCUGAGUGUCUCAACUGCACAUCUGCCUGGUGUGGAGGCUGGCCUAGAGCUGGGACGCUGUUAUUUCAGAGGUAAAGUGGGGAGGACCAAAGAAUCAGAAGGGGACCGUUCUUUUUACGCUCUCAAUGUGACCAGCUACUGUCCUGCUCUACAGGAAAUGGUCAUCCCAGUUUCCAUGGCUCUUCAGGGCCUCCUGUCAGUCUCCCCCUGCCAACUGACGGUGACCUCCUCUCUGAGGGCAGACAACCAAGACCUCAACCUGGAACUGACACAUUCCUGCAUGCCUCAGCAUCUCUCUGGGACCCUCACUCACUCCUUCCCUGGGUUGAGGAGUCGAGGUCUGCCACAAAUGAUCUCCAUAGAGACUACUGCUCCUGGAGGCCCUGAGCAGAGUGGGACCCUGUUCUUCAAAGCUGGGACAUGUCACAUUAGAGCCAAUAGAGUCAUAGAGGCCAAAGGAAGGGCACAGUGGGUCUGGGCUUUGGAGUCGAAGUGCCCAAUCUUAGAGGGGCAUUUCAAUGUGUCAGUGCGGCAGGACCCUGAGGGUAUCUGGACAGCCACAGUGGACACUGAUCUGGAGGGCAAAAGGGCUUUCCUGAGGCUUAAUGCUAGGGCCUGGCCGGAGCUGAGUGUUGAGGGUGAGCUCAUUCACAACGCUGCUGCUCUCAGGGGUUUACCUGAACACAGCAGACUGAGAGUAACCAGCAGGGCUGGAAACCGACGCUAUGACACAGACGCCCUCAUUCAGAUGGAUGAUUGUGCUGUUUGUGCCAGUGGAGCUGUGAUGUCACAGUCAGGCCUGCAGGGGUCAGUAGUGUAUUACAACAACUGCACACUGAUUCAGGCGUGGGGUAGUCCAGACAGGAUGCAGGCCUCUGGGUUGUUGGUUGUCUCCCCAACUCUUGCUGAAUCUCAGGUCUCCAUGGUGGUAGAUGAUACAGAGUUACAGGCUUUACUGGCUCUUAAGAAAACGAAGGACAAAAGUGAGGCAUCACUUAAUCUAAACCACUCCGUGCCUGUGUUGAAGAAGCUAGGUCUCCCAGCAAAUGCCACAGUAACAAUAAAUUCUGAGAGUCACGGCAAUGGCUCGUACUUUUACAUAUUCAGCAGCAGUGCAGGACAGCAAAAGCUAACUCAAGAGAUGACAGUGUCAAAGAUGUCUGAAGCAGUAAGAGUGAAGAGUCAGUUCAGGCACACAGUGAACUAUCUGAGGAAAUUGGGAGUCCCUGGAAACAACAGCAUUCAGGUCGACCUCGGUUCUUCUGAGGGGAGGGCCUUCACCUUAGAGUCCCAGUUUGGAGGUAAGCAGGCAGGAGGGAGACUAAAGAUGAAAUGUUUCCCCAUGACCAAAGAGAUAAGCGGAAGUGUGUGGCACAGCUGGUCAUGGCUACAGGAUAGAGGACUACCGCUCAAUACAGAGGGUCUAUGUUCCAUCCAGGGAGUCUUUUCUCAGCUUCAGUCCAGGGCUCAGCUCACUGUGGACGGACACAAGCUACUCGCCUCUGACUUCAAUGUCAGUGUGGGUGAUGGACGUCUGGCCCUGCAGCUCUCCUACUCUCCACUAGCUUCGAAUCAAACAGGGGCACAAAUCAGUCUAAACACUACACUGACUGCUCAGUUCAAAGGUCCUCUGCGGAGCGGCUCAGUAGAUGUUCGCUGUCGAGACUGGAGGGUCCGAGUGGUGGGGGACGUAGGAGGCUGGAGGGCACAUGGAGGGUCCAAGGAGGCCAGAGUUACACUUAAACAUACUGUACAGGGACACACUAGUCCCGCUUUACAGCUCGAAGCCUGGGGAAGAGUCACGGAGUCACAGCUGAGGUGCUCCAUGGCUGUGAACCCUGAACUCAGCUCAUCUCUUGCGCUCAUUGUCCAGGGACACCAUCUGCCUCACAGCAAGGACCUGAUGGUGAAGGUAGUCCAGAAUAUCCCCAGGAUGUUGGUCUACCUGCCUUCUCAGCUCAAUGUCCGCUCUCAGCUGAACCAGUCUCAAUCCAGUGUGUCAGGUAUGUUGGAGGUGUUGUCAGGCAGGAGGAGGCUGUGGGCUCUGGGGGAACUUGCAGCCAUCGAGAGCGGAUACAGACAGGCUCUGGAGCUUGAACACUCGUGCCCACAGUUGAAGCCGUUCCCCAGGACUGUAGCAGUGCGGACGGUGUAUGAAGCCAGGAACUGGAGCUACCAAGUUCAGCAUGGAGCUGUGUGGGGCAAUCAGGAGUUUAGUUUGUCUGGUCUGUACUCUGCUCCUCCAGCACUGGAGAUUGGGAACCAGACCUUGAAUGUUAAGAUCAACUGCAUUCCUCGCUGGACCGGUUUGGAGGUGACACUGGAGCGUUCCCUACAGGGCCGACUAGACAGUUUAACACUGGGCUGGACGAGGCAUGGGCGACAGGAGCAGGUCAGAGCUCUCAGCUUGUGGAGUCAGUCAGAGGAGAUGAAUGAGACCAGGCUGGAGCUGAAGCAGCCGUUCUCCUCAGCUCUCGGCCACCUGUCCAUUCACACACUGUCACACAGCUCACAGAGGGAGCAACGCAGCAGCCACCAGACCCACCUGUCAUGGGACAGCCCAGUCCCAGUCAAUGUCUCCCUCAGCCUGAACAAACAGUGGCAGACCAACUCCAGCAGGGGGCAGGCAUGUGCUCUAUUCUCGACAAAACGGAUGGUAGUAUCUUCUGUUAAAGGUUGUGUGUCCGUGGGUCAGGAGGGAAAGUCAUAUUCACAAAAUGCAGAGCUAAGAUGGGACAACAGGAGUGUCAAACAAAGCUUGAAGUACCAGAGAGGUCCACGGGGAAUGCACAGCCUUCAGGUUAAUGUUGGGUUGGACAAAGUGUCUCCUGCACCCUGUCCUUCACACACUCUGCUGGCCAAAGUCCAAACCAACCUCAGGGACCAUUUGGAGCACACAGUGCUGCUGGGCCUCUGCCCCCUGCAGCCUUCUCUUUCAUGGUCAGGAUCCCACAGAGUGAACUCAGGAGAGGAGCUGUUUUACACACAGUCUCGCCUGUCGGUGACAGGACGCCCCUAUCAGUGCAGCCUCACCCUCGCCCUGACCAACGCCUCCACUGCUCAGGGAACCAACAUGUCUCUUUUCUCUGAGGUCAGACUGGACCGCAAGGAUAAGAUCUGGCUGAACGGAACGAUAGAGGGACGAUGUCUUCACACUGCAGCAGGUUAUAUGAACGGUCCAGGCCUUUGUGAGGACCUCACAGUGGUAGCAUGUGUGGAAACGAAUCGCAGUUUGAUGUUGGAUGUACAGAAGAGAGACGGCAGCGGCAAAUCUGGAACUCUGGGCAGUGUGUCUGUGGGAACAGCCGAUCAGAGGCUGAUGCUGAGAGCAAGUGGCUGUUUGGAGAGUCUAACGGCAGUGGAGUCCAGAGCCACUGAGCUGCUCCAGGAGCUGAACGUUUUGCCCCUUCAUGUCUCCCAGCGAGUUGAGGCUCUGCUGGGGCAGAGAGACAAAGGCUUGUUGGGUCUGUGGCAGAACAGCCACCUUCGUCACACCCUGACCGACAGCCUGCCUCGCUUUCUGAGUCUGCUGCAGCACGCCUCGCUGCUGGGACAACAGGAACUAAGGAGGCCCCUGGCCACUCUGGCAGGUGUGUACCAGGACGUGAAUGGCCAGCGGCUGGAUGCGCUGUGGAGGGAUGUUGUUUUGAUGUGGACCGAGAGGCUGGUGGAGGUCUUGCCUGCUCUGCUGGGGAACCCUCAGCUGAGGCCGCUAGCUCAGGCCGGCGUCGCCACACUCAGUGUUGCCCUGGAUGUGGCAGGACAGCAUACCUACCACUGGGUGGAGACCAGGUUGGCCACGGCUCUGUCUGGAGUCAGGAAGCGACUGGCCACUGUCUACAAAUUCUCCCCUAGUGUGUGUUCAGUGACCGUGUCAGUGCCGCUGCCUCCGCUCCCCCGGUCGAAGAUGGCCGAGGCCGGACUGCUGGAGAUCAUUCUGGAGGAGUGGCUCCUGAGGCCCCUGCAGACCCUCGCCUCCAUCAGACCCACUGCUGAAAUUUACCGCCUUAAGAGGAAGAUCAUGGAUAGCCCAUUUAUACACGAAGCUCUGCUGGUGGCAGAUCAGUUCAUAGUGACGUUUGACGGUCACCUGUACGAACUGCCAGGUUCGUGUCCGCUACUCCUCGCCCGAGACGUUAGCACUGACGCGUCAUUCACGCUGCUGCUCAAUUCAGACUCACAGAGCUUCCUCCUGAUAGAACUGAAUAACAGCACCAUAAACCUUCAGCACAGUGGACAGGUAUGUGCUAAUGUUGGUGACAAAACUUGGCUCAGUAAACACCAGAAAUAUGAAUUAAGCGAGUGUGGAUUUUGA